CAAAUUAAGAAGACAGUCAGCAUUCAGCAUUGGCUUGGCCUCGCUCUUUCUCUCUCAUCUCAUCUUGCCUCUGUUCUGUUUUGGUUCCACUUCAUUGGUGCUGCCCUAGAUCUCAAACGAAUACUAUAUUCUUUAUCUAUAUAUUAUAUAUAUUUAUAUAUAUACAAUAAGACUAUAAUACUUGCAUAUGCGUAGCGAUUUAGAUCUUUCAGAUUGAGGAUUUCAAGCCCUUCUUCGUUCUGCGAAGAUCUUAUCCUCCAGCUUAAUCAGAUUUAGCUUACCACUAUGAAUUGGUCUUAGAUCUGCAUGUGAUUGAGAUUGCUAGACCAACAUCUGUGUUUGUGGAGACUGGGUUUUCAGAGGGACACUGCAUCUUGGUAGGGAGUUAGUUGCUAAUGCCUUGUCUUUAAAUGAAGACAAAUCAGGCCUGGCGUUUAGGCAUGAAGGAUAUGCAGAUAUUGCCUGCGUCUCGCCAGCGAGCUCAGUUAAGGAAACCAACAUGGAUAAUUGUUUUGGUUUCAUUGGUUAGCUUGUUCUUGAUCUGCGCUUAUAUGUACCCUCCUAGAAAUUCUGCUGCUUGUUAUGUAUUCUCAACUCAUGGUUGCGAUUCCGAGUGGCUUCCUCCUACUCCAGCCAGAGAAUUAUCAGAUAGAGAGAUAGCAUCUCGUGUUGUAAUUAGUGAUAUUCUAAAUACACCUCCGGUUUUAUCAAAGAACCCAAAGAUUGCAUUUCUAUUUUUAACACCUGGUGCCUUACCAUUUGAGAAGCUCUGGGAUCAAUUCUUUCAGGGUCAUGAAGGAAAAUUCUCUGUUUAUGUCCAUGCAUCCAAGAAUAGGCCAGUACAUUUUAGCCGUUACUUUUAUAAUCGGGAGAUCCGCAGCGAGAAGGUAGUGUGGGGGAAAAUUUCAAUGGUUGAUGCAGAGAGACGGCUUUUGGCCAAUGCCCUUAAAGAUCUUGACAAUCAGCAAUUUGUACUUCUCUCUGAUAGUUGUAUACCCUUGCGUAGUUUUGACUAUGUGUACAACUAUCUGAUGUACACAAAUGUCAGUUUCGUAGACUGCUUUGAGGAUCCUGGCCCACAUGGAAGUGGUAGGUAUUCAGAGCAUAUGUUACCUGAAGUUGAAAAGAAAGACUUUCGAAAGGGUGCACAGUGGUUUACUAUGAAGCGACAGCAUGCUGUUAUAAUUAUGGCUGACAAUCUUUACUAUAAUAAAUUCCGCGAUUACUGCAAGCCAAACAUGGAUGGAGGGCGUAACUGCUAUUCUGAUGAGCACUAUUUACCAACCUUUUUCUAUAUGCUUGAUUCUUCUGGAAUUGCAAAUUGGUCAGUUACACAUGUUGAUUGGUCGGAGGGAAAGUGGCAUCCCAAAUCAUACACCAGCCGUGAUGUUACUUAUGAGCUGAUGAAAAACAUUACAUCAAUUACUGAGAGCGUGCAUGUUACCAGUGAUUCCAGGAAGGAAGUUCAAACUAGGCCCUGUUUAUGGAAUGGGAAUCAACGACCGUGUUACCUGUUUGGGAGGAAAUUCCUACCUGAAACUCUGGAUAACUUGAUGCAACUUUUCCCGAAUUACACGUUGAUUUGAAUGGAUUGGUAUGUGUAAGACUAAUUCUUUGGUCGAUGGAAUUCGACUCCCUUGUUCUGCAUUUGUGAUGUACCAACCGCUAUUGUAAAGUGCCCCACGCACGGUAUAGAAGGCUUGAUUGCUCACCAAGGCUACUUGUUGAGGACGGAGGCGAUGGAACCAGUUGGUAGCAGUUAGUCAAGCUUUGCUGGGGUGUUGGUGUUUUUUGUGUUAUUUUUACCCCUAAAUUUUGGGCUAUUUAUGUCAUUGGACACGAAAAUAUUUGAGGACUCAACUGUGCAUGCAUCAUCACUGUACGUUUGACCAUUGUAGGAGAUGCAAAUUUGUGAAAGUUGUGAAUAUAGCCCGCCCCCCCCCCCCUCAACAACUCACUCACUCAA